UUGGCGAGAACUUUUGUGUUGUGAGGUGACAAGCAGACAGACAUCUAAAGUCGGCCAUGUCAAGGAUCCAGAAAACUGCACGCAAUGGCACAGCAAAGAGCACCUCAAAAUAUCAUCGCAAGAAUUUCCUUGGGCCCGGCACAUUGAACUCAAAACAUGACAGGCUCAAUCGUCCUAUUCCAAAGAUGAAGAUAUGAUACCUGAGCUGAGUGUGUGGGUGGGUGUGUCUCUCGGUCUACGAGUUUUUUGACAAAACAAUUGAUGGAUGCAUCAGACUCGUCUUGGUAGAACGCUUAAACACCGCAUGAAAGGCAAGCAUUCAAGAGCACUUGGUAUGUGAGCAAUACAUUCAUAAUCCUGUAUGAGAGUUUCAUACCUUUUAUGGACCUGAACCAAGGACAGAUAACGGGAACCAUUGAGCGAGUAAUCCAAUAAGGAUGGUGAUAAGGGUUCCGCGGUUCCACACGAGAGAGAAGUCUGUUGGCACUAAAAAGGAAAAAAAACGAACCUUGCAAAACUUGCAAUCACUUACGAGAAAAAGCAUGUUAAGGAAGUGUACGAAAAAUGCACAAAAUCCCACAUGACAUUUACAAAGUCACUGUUUAAGGAUUUGUGCUCUUUGCUCCUAAAUGGUAAUCAAAAGAUGGAUUCUCUCGUUUUCUUGUCUCAUUUCCAAACUGACUUCUAAUGGAGACCGCUGCUUUUUGGGCUCUUUGUGCUGUUUUGUAUAUUAUCAUAAUAACUCUACUAUAUCAAAUCCUUGAACAGAAAGUGCUUAAAAUGUACGAAGGAAAAAAAGUUAUUGAAGCCUAAAUAAGAGGCCAUUGUUGAUUUUUCUCUCUUCUUAAGACAAAAGUAAUAAUACAUGUUUGACACAUUUCUUACGUACCGUAAAUCCUCUUGUCUUUUAAUGAAUAAUUUGGAAGAGUACAAUAAGGAGUUGGUGUAGCCGAGCGGUCUGAGAGGCAGCACAACCACGGCAAGAAACCCCUCCCAAGGAGACGUGGAUUCAAACCCCGGCACCGAAUGUAGCCCUUUUUUUAACCACAUUGACGUUGAUUGCCAUUGGAGCAAAUGAAGAAAGUUGCCAGGAUUUUCAAGUUGUCGUGUCAAGGCAUAAUGGGCAUAAUUUAAAGGUAACAGUCUUUAUGAUAUCUUCCAAGCGAUAAACAUAGAGUAAGCUGAUACCUUCAUUCUAUGCGAACCCAGGAUACAUACAUACUCCAUGGGUCUCCGAAAAUGUAGUUAACAGCUGAGGUAACGAAAUUUACUGCCUUCCGCAAAUACCUUCCAUAUUAUAGCUUCUUUGGUCUACCUCGAAAUUGGUUUUCAAAAAUUUCAUUGCAGUUUUCCCAAAUUUAUCAACUGUUUUGGUGCUUUACCUAAUCAAACUAGAGGCAUAAGAGAGCGAGAGGCCUCGGAGAGAACUAACGGGCAAUUGGAACCGGGACUAGUCAAACGAACGAAUAAAGGAACAGGUCGAGGAUCGAGGAACACGGAUCGCGAAGCUCACCAGCGAGGAGAGCGACAAGGCGCGGAUGUACUCAGUUGGAGAUUCAGCGUCGGUGGGUCUACUUGUACUACGCAUAGAAAUAUAAUCAUAAUAACCUCUACCAUCCUUGAGUUCAUUGAAAAGAGAGAAACAUGUUGCUGCACAGGAUCGUCUUGAGUUGUUUGUCUUGGCGAAGCUUUGCUAUUUGAAAUUCAUAACAAGACAUCGGCAAGUUGAUCUGGGAUUGAAACUAUGGAGAUGAGCAUGGCGGAAAUGUGUGAGAUGUCUUCCGAGGAACUGAGACUCUUCUUUCUGAAUGUGACCAAACUCGAAGAUGGGAAUGGGACCGUUGACGAGUUCAUGUCCCGCCAAUCGGAGGCUUGUGAGCAGCUUCAAUUCCAUCAGGUGGUUUCCUGGUUGGUUCCUAUCAUUUUUGCUGUGAUUGUCGUCGUGGGCGUGAUUGGAAACACUCUGGUCUUAGUGGUGGUUCUCUUUGGGAACCAGAUGCGCAAUACAACCAACGUACUUAUUUUGAAUCUGGCCAUUUCGGAUCUGCUCUUUGUGACAGUUUGCAUUCCUCCCACGGCCGUUGAUUACGCUAUUGGGUGGCCUUUUGGGGACAGCUGUUGCAAAAUCGUGCAAUAUUUGAUCCAUAUCUCGCUCUACGGAUCGGUGUACACAUUAGUGCUCUUGUCCUUGGAUCGUUACCUGGCCGUGGUCUACCCCGUUCGGUCCAUAUCGUUACGGACCGUUUGUAACACUACGGUUGCCAUUGGGAUCAUCUGGUUUCUCACGGCCUUGACUUGCAUUCCCGUCCUCUUCGUGUUCAUCUCGAAGGACAUUUCUAUCCUAGGCGAGGUGCGCACCAUUUGCACCUUCAAUCGAAUGGCUCAUAAUGAGGAGGUCUAUCAGUCUUUGUUCUUCAUCACAUCGCUGGCUAUGCCCUUGGUGGCCAUCAUGUGGCUGUACAUGGCCAUGCUGAUAAGGCUUUGGCGAGGCUCGGCCGCCACCCACGGACCUGGUCCCGUUCGAGAUCGAAAGAAUGUGUGCAAAGGACAAGAGAACAAACGCCGAGUGACGCGGAUGAUCGUGGCGGUCAUAAUUGUGUUUGGCAUCUGCUGGUCGCCCUUGCAGGUGGUGCUCUUGCUUCGAAACGUCAACUUGUACGAUAUCACCGAUAGUGGGGCCUUGGUUGUCAUUCAGAUUAUUACUCAUUGUUUGGCCUAUUGUAAUUCGUGCUUGAACCCCAUUCUGUACGCGUUCUUCUCGCCGAAUUUCCGCACGGCAUUCCUCAAUACCUGCAGCUCGAACAAAUACUUUCGCAAUUCGUUCGUGUCGAAGCAAAAUCAAGGGGGCAGGGGACCAAGUGGAAUGGGUGGUGGGGGCGGAGGAGGUGUUGGAGGAGGAGAUGGUGGCCAUUCAUGGAAAAGAGAUGACUCCAAGGCUUUCAAUGAUGGACUCCCAUCAGAGGGGGAAAUCAUGAUAGACCCAAAUGGAACCCCGUCACCUCAUAAGCGCGUAUCGAUUACUUCCAUUGGGCUGAGUCGGUCCGAUCGAAAAAAGCCUGCAGUCUGUCUGAAAACUUCUGUCAACGUGGUUGACUCAAUAUCGACGUGCCACGAGCAUCCCUCAGCGAAAAAAUCAAGUGUCAAUGAGCUCACACCAAUGAGACGCGUUCAAAGCGAGGAUCUCAGCCGGAGCUCCAAGGCUCGGCUUUCGUGCCAAGUCAAACUGAGUCAGCCGACUAAUAAAUCUUCAGCCUCAACGUCAUCGCCCUCGACCUCGUCAUCGAGCUCGUCGUCUUCGUCGUCUUGUUCGUCAUUGUCCACAAAUAUAACACCUCGGGUUACGCUUGACGUUCUCGAUCCAGCCCGGCCUAAGAGAUCUUCCGCCAAGUAUUUGAAUAGUGCUAUCAAUUCCAAAUUAAGAAGGACUACCCCCCUCAAGAAUACUGAGGUCACCAUCGAAACAAUGGAAACUAGUUUUGUACAAGUUUGAGUGCUUCAGAAGAAGAUAAAAUAUGUGAAUAUUCAUUUAUGUA